AUGUCUUGCAGCUACGGCCAAAGAGGCUCCCUCACCGCCAUAUGCACCAAUGCAACCUCAGAUUUCUUCAAACUCACCACCUAUCGCUUCGACUACCUCGACGAGACCCUCCUGUGCCUCAAUUGCGACCUCAAUUUUCUAGAAGCCUCAACUUUUGAUAUACCCGGCAACGAGAUCAAAACCCUCGACAUCAGGAACAGCUCCAUCACCUUCAUCUGGCCCAAGGCCUUCAUAGGCAUGAUCCACAUGGAAAGGCUCUUGCUAUCUAACAACCCCAUCGAGAAAAUCCCCACUGGGGCUUUCGAAGGCAUCAGGAAAGUGAGGUACUUAGAGAUGCGCAACUCCACGACGAAUCUAGAGCCUAGAGUUUUCAAAGAAUUGCACCUUCUAGAAGUCCUCGACUUGAGAGGAAGCCAGCUGUUGAUGGUCCGUCCCAAAACGUUCGAAGGUCUCCACAAUCUCAAGCUCCUUGAUCUCAGCCACAACAAGCUCGUUCUAGGUAACACCUCAGACAUUUUCGAGCCUCUGGUAAACCUGAGAAUACUUCUCCUGAACGAUAACUUCAUCUUUCGACUUCAGGGGCAGGAUUUCAGGAUGCUCAGGUCUCUGACAACAUUGAACUUAGCCAGAAACGCAAUGACCAACUUCAGUAUCGACCUCGAGCCUCAGAACCGCUUGAGGACUCUCAAUCUGUCUCAGAACUAUUUAUCCUCUGCCAGUUUCCUGCCUGGGGCGUUUGAGAACCUGACGAACUUGGAAGAUCUGGAUCUGAGCAGGAAUAGCUUCGAUAAUAUAACCUUGAAGUUGUUCCAAGGGCUGUCGAAGCUGACUGUACUGAAUUUAGGAGACAACAGGCUACGGGGUAUCAAUACAGGGCAUUUUUCAGGCUUGCCCCAUCUAAGGAUACUCAAUGUGUCUAACAACAAAAUUGAUUCCUUGAAGAUCACUGGUAGGCUGCAAAUGCACAGUUUGGUGCAGAUGGACCUGUCCAACAACAAUAUCCAGAAUUUCGACUACUUGAGCCUGAUUACUAGGGCUCCAAGAUUGAGAUUCAUCAACCUGUUGAACAAUUCUUUGUCUUGUAUCAUGGAGGACCAGCUGAGAGCGCUCUUCUUGCAGGACCACGUGGUCGUUUUGGUGAGCAACGGAAAAGACCGCGAUUGUCCGAAGGUGACCACAGAGAGUUCUCAGGAGUUGCUGGACGAGCUCAAAGAGCAGUUGCAAGAUCCCUACGUCAACAGCACUCUGUUGGUGUGGAUGUUUGUGCUCAUUACUAUCGUGAUGUUGCUGAUUGGGGUGCUGUUUUAUGUGCAGUUCUUUAUUUUGCUAGGAAUGGGAGGGCAGGCUUACAGGAAUAUCAGAUUACUGAAGAAUGUUGGUUCUACUGACGUUAGCGAGUUUUGA